AUGCAGCUAGAACCCGACGGCGACGGAGGCUUGUCGCAACAGCAGUACCUGGGAGCCACGUCGCGGCCCCUUACCGAGCAGAUUGCUGAAGCUCAGCGGACAGCGAAAGGUCUCCUUGUGUCAGGCGAUGGUGGCGAAGGUCAGAGAGAGGCGGUGGCCACACCAUUCGUGAUUCAAGCUGCUCCGAGGUUGCCACUGCCUCCGGCAUUGCGCUGCUGCAUUGUCACGGCUCCGUCGCUGCCUCUCUCAAGACCGGCUUCGACGGCUUCGGCGCCCGGCCCGUUGAUCCUUCGCAGGGUGAGGCUCGAGAGUUCUGGUGGACCUGCGUUGGAGGUCUCCGAAGGAACAGCUUGUGAGCUCUAUGACUGCUUCGUGAACGGUUCUGUGAAGCUGGCCAAAAGUUCAUCAGCUAAGCUGGUCAGAACAGAUGUCUUUGGCGCUGCUGGCAGCGGUGUGGAAGGCAGAGCUUUUGCACAACUCGUGCUAGCGGCUUGCACCAUCCGAGAUUGCGUCGGCAAUGGCCUUCUUCUAAGACAUGGACAGGCCGACAUCUCCGAUUGCACAAUCCGCAACUGUGGCCAAAGCGGUUUGGUGCUGGGGCCCGGGACGUGGAGGUUGUCGGGAAAUACGCUUUCUAGCAAUGGUCAGUAUGGCGUCUGGGCCGAAGCCGGAACGAGAGCAGAAUGGAGACAGAGCCUUUGCACGGGAAAUUUGCUCGGCGAUAGAGGUGGCCGUGGAGAGCUGGCUGGUUGGCAAGGGAGUGGAUUAGCACCAGGUGAAGAGUGUCGCAUUUGGAGCGAGCCGCGGGGUAAGUGGAUCAGAGCGGAAGUGAGGGAAAUUGCAUCUGCUCAAGAUGAGGUCGUGGUUGCAAUCAGAAAGCGAAAAUUUGCGAAAACUCCUGUGGAGCCGGGCGACGAUGGCCCAGAUGCAGAGCACGUGAUAGGAGAAGGAGAGCCUGGCGUUGAGGUCUGCUUAAAGUGCCGGCAGCCGGAGUACGGCCAUUGUGCAGUGGGGGCCGAGAGCCACCGGCAUUCUCCCAGAAGGUGA